AUGGACGUCAGAGACAACUUCACCGACUUUACUCUUGCAUCGAACUACAUCAUGCAGCUAGCGAUCGAUGAAUAUCAAACCGAUCGCAAUUGGACGCGAUUGAUCGAUCGGUACUGGAAUCUGGUAGAAGAUUUAAUUGGAGAUCCACGCGCGAAAAACCUGCCAUUUAUGGACAACCCGCUGCCGACACUCGGAAUGGUGCUAACAUACCUCGUUUGGGUGCUGAUCAUCGGACCGACGUAUAUGCGUGACCGAAAACCGAUGCAGUUGACUAACACGCUCUUCUACUACAAUUUCGGUCAGGUCCUGUUGAGCGCCUACAUGUUCUAUGAGCAUCUGAUGGCCGGAUGGGCUCGCGGUUACAGUUUGACAUGCCAACCGGUGGACUACAAUGACGAUCACCUCUCGCGUCGGAUGUUCAAUCUCUGCUACAUCUACUACCUUUCGAAGCUGUCUGAAUUUGCGGAUACAGUGUUUUUCGUGCUGCGCAAGAAAAAGUCGCAAAUCUCUUACUUACACCUCUAUCAUCAUUCGCUCACACCGAUCGAGGCUUGGAUAUUAACCAAGUUCCUGGCAGGCGGAAAUGCAACGCUUCCCAACAUCAUCAACAACUUUGUCCACACGCUAAUGUACUUCUACUACAUGCUCUCUGCGAUGGGACCGCGCUAUCAGAAGUACCUCUGGUGGAAGAAGUACAUGACCGAGAUCCAGAUAGCCCAGUUCGUUAUCUGCAUCGGGCAUGCGAUCAACGCGCUGCUCACGGAUUGUGCUUUCCCGAAGUUCAUCACCCUGCUGCUGCUCUGCAAUGCGAGCAUAUUCUUCGUGUUGUUUAUGAACUUCUAUCUGGAAAAUUACCGGAAGCAGACCAGCGGUAAAACGGUACAGGAAACACACACCACCACUCCGGACGCCUCUGGACACCAGCAGGAACUGACGGAGACGCGGCAAAAACAACAAUAA